AUGUCAUCGGGUGCCGCUGGGCUCGGGCAUGAGACGGCCCGGGGCCUUGACGCUCACGGCGGCGUCUCUGUUCGUUCUGCACGCGGCCAUCACCACGCGCCGUCGCUAGAUGCCAUCGCUACCCAGAAUACCGAGAUUGAGGACUCGCGAUCGUCGUCGUCGACCAACUCGCCCGUGCCCAACGAGAAUGAAGAAUCCGACUUUUUCCUUGGCGCCAACGAUUCCCAAUCGUCCCUCGGUGUCCCCAACCUGCAAGAUAUGCAAGUGACGGACGAUUAUGAUUGUCUGGCGGCGGUCAACAAACUUCCCAAUGAGAUUCUCAUCAGCAUCUUCUCGCGCCUCUCGUCGACGGCUGACCUGCGCAACUGCAUGUUGACAUGUAAGCGCUGGGCCCGCAAUACAGUCGACCAACUAUGGCACCGGCCAUCUUGCACUAGCUGGGACAGGCACGCUAUGAUCUGCCGAACCCUCACCAUCGAAUACCCAUACUUUUCCUACAAGCACUUUGUCAAGCGACUGAAUCUUGCCCAGCUGGCCGAGAAAGUCAACGAUGGAAGCGUCAUGCCUCUGGCCGUCUGCAACAGGGUCGAGCGCCUGACGCUGCCCAACUGCAAGGGCCUCACCGAUUCCGGCUUGACCGCCCUUGUCACGAACAACGAUCACUUGCUAGCGCUUGACAUGUCGGGAGUUGAGCAGGCUACGGAUGCCUCUAUACUUGCUAUCGCAGAGCACUGCAGGAGGCUCCAGGGCCUCAACGUCUCAGGAUGCAUCCGGAUCUCCAACGAGGCAAUGGCGGUUCUUGCCCAGAGUUGUCGAUACAUCAAAAGGUUAAAACUCAACGAGUGUAGGCAACUCGGUGACGAAGCUGUCUUGGCAUUUGCCGAGCAUUGUCCCAACCUACUCGAGAUUGAUCUCCUGCAGUGUCGACUGGUGGGAAAUGCGUCCAUUACUGCUUUGCUUUCCAAGGGACAGUCGUUGCGGGAACUCCGGCUUGUCUUUUGCGAACUCAUUGACGAUGGCGCUUUCCUUUCUCUGCCACGAAACCGGACCUACGAGCACUUGAGGAUCCUCGAUCUCACCUCGUGCAUACAAUUGACAGACCGCGCCGUGGAGAGAAUCAUCGAGGUGGCUCCGCGCCUUCGCAACCUAGUCCUCUCGAAAUGUAGGGCUAUUACGGACACGGCCGUCUACGCCAUCUCCCGACUGGGCAAGAACCUGCACUAUGUACAUUUGGGCCACUGCCAGAACAUAACAGACGAGGCCGUCAAGCGGUUGGUGCAUUGCUGCACUCGUAUCCGCUACAUUGAUCUCGGCUGUUGCAUCCACCUGACAGACGAGUCCGUCACAAAGUUGGCGACUCUUCCUAAGCUAAAGCGUAUUGGGCUGGUCAAGUGUUCUGGAAUCACGGAUGAGAGCAUUUUGGCACUUGCUAAGGCCAACCAGAAGCAUCGUCAGCGCCGAGACCAUCAAGGAAAUCCCAUUCACGGUUCUUUCCACAGCCAGAGCAGCCUUGAACGUGUGCAUCUAAGUUACUGCACCAACUUGACAUUGAGGGGAAUUAUUAAACUGCUUCAAGCAUGCCCUAAAUUGACACAUCUCAGCUUGACGGGCGUUCAGGCAUUCCUGAGAGACGACUUGGCUCAAUUUUGCCGCGAUGCACCUCAAGAGUUUACCGAGAACCAGCGCAACGUCUUCUGCGUCUUUUCGGGCCAAGGCGUUGUCAGCCUUCGUCGAUACUUGAAUACCAACUUGUUUGAUGACUUUCACGACAGACCUGCACGGCGUCAUUCGAUUCCGGGCGGCGGCGUGCACACCCACCCACCGGGUGCCGUUGCAGACCUUCACGCAACACUGGACGCAUCUUUUGACGACCAAGAACCCGACACUGUAGAUGACGACGCGGCAUACGAUGCAGACAUGGCGAUGGAGGGCGCGAUCCCACCGCCACCGCCUCCGCCACCCGCACCGGGCGCGCCCAAUAUCCAUUACCAAAGUGUAUUUCCCGGGUACAUAGCACCUGACGCAACCGCAACUCUCGAAGGCGGACUUGCCGGCCCGUCGCAUGGUAUUUCACAACAGGAAGGAUCCAACUCCGGCGCAAGUGGACUAAACGCCCCAAGGGCUGAUGUGUUUCCUGGCGGUUCGAACCAAUUUCUGAAUCACGACAGGGCCAGAGGUGUGUCAUCUCUGGCACAGACUCCCAUGAUGCAAGAUGAAGGCUUUACGGGUGUAAGCGGGUUGGAGGCCGGCAUGGCGGGUCCUACGCCGUCCACAAGUAUGGGAUCAAGACACAAUGUGGCCGAGGAUAUCAGUCCUGUGUCUUCCAACGGAAACACACCCGAGCCGCCUGCAUAG